UGUUGACCGAGCAAACCACGGGUGAAUUAUUUCCUGCAUCGGCAAUCGAUAACAGAAAGAGGUCUGAUGAAGAGGUGUAUAGCACCAUAUACAAAAUAACAAUGAUUAUUUGUUAUCGGUUUUGUAUUAUUCCUGUAAAUCACGGUGCCAAGUAUGUACGUUCCAAAUUUGACGAUGUAUGACUGAUUCAAAGUUACCAAAGAUGAAAUUCAAAAUAUUUUGUUUACCUGGGUAUUUGUUGAUUUACUGCGAUCCGCACAAUAGUUUUGUGAGUGCACUGGAAUAAUUAACGAGCAGAAUUAUAAGUUCAAGCAAUAAACAUGGAAGGGGAGCUAACCUGUGGAAUUUGUUUGGAAUUUUUUGACAAUCCACUUAUGUUACCAUGCAGUCAUAAUUUCUGCAAGAAAUGUCUCGAAGGAAUUAUCAAUGCUAAACAAAACUAUCGUGUGAGACGUCCACCUGGAGUCAACAUUGACUGUCCUCUCUGUCAGAGACAUUUGUCCUUGGACAAUGGACUGGAUGGAUUACCAGGAAACCUUACACUUGAGAACAUCAUCUCGCAUUACAAAUCAAAAGGAGCUGUGCCCUACAGCGAAGCGUCAUGGAACUCGGAUUUGGAUAUAACAGAAGUUAUAUGCAAAAUGCAUAAUCAUCCAAUGACCUUUUAUUGCAUGACCUGUGAUUUCGCUGUGUGUAAAGAAUGCACCUGUUGCAUUGAGAAGGGCUCAAAGACAUCUCAUCGCUGUGCCCAAAUUAAGGAACAUGCUUCAUACCUCCAGGCCACCAUUUCAAGUAAGCUGACAGAAGUGAAGAAGAAGGUGAUUCCCCUCAAUGAUCGGAUACAGCUACUGGAGGACAUCAUCCGGGGAAUUGAUGAGAACCAGAAGAAGGUGGAGAAACAACUCGACCUGGAGAUUGCCUCCCUUAUCUCCCUUCUGAACAGUCGCCAAGAGGAGCUCACCCGUCUCCUAGGUAACGACAUCCAGGACAUCCGUCGACCUGUUGAAGACCACCUGCGACGGUACAAGAACCUCCAGACAACCAUACAGGAACAUUUCAAAAAGCUUAGCAUGGUGAAGGGUACCAAGGACCUAAGUCUCAGGAUUAAGCUGAUGCAGGACUCGGAGAAGCAAUUAAACAGUCUGCUGUGUUUUGACCUGGCCUGGUUUUCCUCCAAUGACAUGCCAGCUGUUGACAUGCCUUCCUGGUCACUACAGAAACAUAAAAUUGAGCACAGCAUUUCAUACCUUACAUGGCUAAAAACAGGAGGAGAUGGUACCAAACCAUUGAGACCCCUUAUCCCGUUGCAAAUGCCAGUGCUAAGCCAAUCAGAACCUGUAUCAAUGGGGUUCUCCAGUCGUGGGAGCAGUGCAGAGAGAGACUUGCCAGAACUGACCAAAACACCAAUAGUUUCUGGAUUUGAUACGGGCUUUAAAGUGGCCACAGGUUCACAAAAUGCUGCCAAGAGAUUCCCACCAGAAAUGGCCAAAAUACCUGUCGCACAAGGAUUGGAAUCAUUCUUUAAACAAUCAAGCGAGUCCUCCUUCUAUUUGCCUCAGUGUAGUUCUAGUUCAAAGACUGACACUUCCAGUGCCAGUAUGUCAUUCAGUGUACCAAAAUCUAGACGUUCUGACAGCAGUGUGGAUGUAUCUUUCCCAGCAGGAGGAGGCACAAAACUGUUCAGUUGGUCUGUGUCAGGGAAUGGAGGUCCUACCACUGUAGUUAGAGCUCCAACCAGUGUCACCAUGACAACACAGAGGCCUGUAUCUACUACACAAACAGCUCUGCCUGAGAAGCCGAUGAGUGCAAGUUCUUAUAAAUUUGAGAGUGUCAAUGAUCCAAGUAGUGCUGCAUCAGCUGCAUCUGGGGCCAGACCAGGGGAGAGCACUAGAAAGUACCCUACAUUAACUACAUCAGAUUUUAUACCAAAGAAAUCAUUGUCAGGCAAAUCAAAUAUAACAAUGUCUGCCUCACAGGAACAGCCUAUGGAGGUAGUGCCAGAAUCCUCCUGUUCCAAGGCUAGCAGUAUAUCUGUGUCGGUCAACAGUGAUGCUCCAAGCAGUGUGGCUACAGUUACUUCUGGACUGGACAAACUUUCCUUGUCAGAUGCACAGACAUUUCAACCCUCAGUCCCUAUUAUUUCUCCUUCCAUCAACUCAAACACACCUUUUGAAGUUAAAUUUCCAGUUUUUCCAGGAAUUUCAAAUCCUUCAAAUUCCAGUUCAGGAAGUGUGUCAAGUGGAGCUAUUUCAUUCAGGGUCUCUCUUGGUCAGAGCUUGCCACCGUAUUCUUCAUCAACUGUCAGCACAGCAGAACAGCCAGCAAGCCAGACUCAUUCAUCCAACAUCAACUUCAAUACAAAGCCAAAUAUUCCAGUUAAGGGAGAUAAUUCAUCGAGAACAACAGCGUGUGGAACAUCUGGAUCAGAUCCUCCUAGUGUGACAACUUUGACAUUUGGCGUGAAACCCAAGACCACAAGUGGUUUUAUUUUUCCUGGCAACCAAAAUACGUUCAGGCCUGUGGUUAGUGCUACCACGACAACCACUUCGAUCACCCCUGUGACUGCUGUUUCAGCUACAGUUGAUAUAACAACACCAGUGUCCAGGUCCACCGACGCGUCACACCAGAUGACCAGAAGAUCUAGUGCUCCAGUCCUGUCCACGGCCACGGGAUGUCAUGAGGAAGAAACUAGGUCAGCUACUGAAGGGGGAGCUACAAACUUUGGAGAUGGUCUGCCAAAACUUUCUUCCAGGGAUUUUUCACCUUCAAGGACAGGAUCUCCUCCAAGAUCUGCUACCUACCGACGUACCAUCAAACCUAAGAGCAAGAUACCUCGAAAAUGAUAUCAUUGACUGAUGUAUUGUCAGGCCUAAGAGCAAGAUACCUCAGAAAUGACAAUUUGAUAUAUAACUAGUGUCUAAAUGACAAUUUGUACAAUGUAGUUUUUUAAUUUAUUGUUAAAACUGAACAAAAGCCUUAUGACUAUCUAUAAAAUCUAAAAAGAAAAUGUAUUGAUAUAAAUAGAGCUUUGUAGACUGAAUUUUAUAACAGUAAAAAUAACCACAAUCAGCUGUUAAAAUGCGACUUGAAUAUGUUAAAAUAUGCAAUUUACUGAGCUCUUUUAACACAAAUUAAAUUUUGAUAUAUUAUAAUGAUGUUUUUUCAUUAAAUUCAAAGAUAUACUUUGCCAUUAUAUGAAAUUAACUGCACUUUACAUCCAUCCAUCCAUUACAGUAGGGUUUCAUUUUGUAAAAUAAUGUGCAAAAAAAGAUAUCUGGACUUGAAGUUGUCAAAAUAGAUAUAUUUGCUUUAUGUAUUUGUCUUCAAAAAAUUUGGAUUUAAUUCAACAUUAUCAUAAAAAUGACAUCUAUAUAUAAUUGUAUGUCAUUUUUAUGUACGAAUAUAUAUAUUUAUUACAUUUU